AGACGUAACUUCCGGAAGGCCAGCUGUCGCUAGAUCUAGGGUGCUUAACAUCGGGCGGAAUGGUGACCAGCCGCAGCACCGAGACCGAGUCGGGGGAGUCCCAGUCCUACCGAUUGAUCGAGGAAUGCCUCCCUCCAUUGCACAACUCUCCUUCAAAGAAAACCUCACCUGCCAAGCGCAAGCAGUACUACAUCAACCGUGCCAUCCGCAAUUCGGACCUCACCCAAAAAUCCAAGGGGAAAAAGAGCCUACGUCGCCUAGAGAACACUCACUAUCUGAUGACUCUGCUUGAGCGAGAUGAGUGUGUUACUGAUGAGAGUGACACUCGCAUAUCCACUCCUCCUAGCAUAUUUGCUGAAGCCUGUAACAAUGAGACAUAUAUAGAGAUCUGGAAUGAUUUCAUGAACCGAACAGGAGAAGAACAGGAAAAGGUCCUAUUGUACUUAGAGCAAGAAGUGAGACAAAAACCCAAAGAGAGGACUAACAAGACCAGAGACCAACGUUCAGAAUAUCCCGGGUAUACACCUGAGGAGUGCUACCAACGGAUCAACCGCAGCCUCCGUGGCACUCUAAAAAGGCGUCAGAUUCCCAUGGGAACCCUGGAAUGUUUGGAAGAGGAAAUGCUUUCAUUCUUCUCCGUAACCCCUGAAUCUGUUUACACUGCCAUGAUGGAAAACAGUUACCAGCGCCUCCUGUUACAUGCUGUGUGCCAGUACAUGGAUCUUGUCUCUGCCAGUUCCGAAUUCAAAGGCAAGCGUCAAAUGCGUGUUGUGAACAGGCACAAAAAGUUCUGCCCCCCAGAACUCCUCCUGUCCUCUUAUCUCCAGAUGAAGUGCUGACCCCCUCCUGCUUAACCAGUCAAUGGGCUCUGUGACAUUUAAGCACUUUCUCUGCCAGUGCUCCAGUUAGUCCUUUACUCUGCAUAAUGUUAGUACUCUGAAUCGCCUUACUCUGCACCUUCAGUCUUAAUUAGAGAUUAGGGAAUAUUGUAGUCACACAGGAAAACCAUUUAUACACCAAAUGCAGGAUUGUGGCAAAGAAAUGUAACCAGAUACCUGUCAAUCCAAUAACUUGUCACAGGGUACUACUAUAUGUUGGGCAGAGUGGUGUGCGAAAAGUGAGCCAAAUAAAUGUUGUGUGAUACAGAGGGUGAUUUUGGUUUUUUUGUUUGUGCUAAUAUGUAUAAUUGUACAUAUGUUAAUGUAUAGCUGGCCAUAUGAUAAAAUGUAAGUCACUUAUACAAUAAAAUAAAUAGGAUCACGACCAUUUUGUUAGCAGUGACAUACAUUCAGGCUGCUGCUUCCUUUUUUUUUUUUUUUUUUUUUUUUAUUAAAUAAAGCAAAAUAAAAGCAAUUUUACUAGAGGAGAAGGUGGCUCACCCCCUCUGCCUUUUUGGCAACCAUGGUACACAUUACUAUUAAUUUGUUAUAUACCUGGGCUGUUCUUUUUAGCAAUCCAGACACCUCUAGUUCAGUUUUACCAUUAAUUUUUUUUUUUUUGCUUUAUUAAAUAAUAGUUUAAAAUCCUUUUGGAUUUUAACAGCUUUGUGAAAGUAUCUAUCUGUAUCCGAAUGCACUAUAACCUAAACAAUAAAAGCAUUAUUUUAUUAGUAGGUCCUUUCAUUACUUGAUGGACUACACCAUUAGGAGCCUUCCUUUUCUAAUUUAACUUUUUCAGGUUUUCCGUCAGCACUUUAAAAAUGUAUUUUAACCAAAAACGUUAUUUUCCAGACCAUCAGGAUCUAAAAAUGGGAGUGGAUCAUUUUCACACUGCCAAUGCAUUAAACAAUGAUUGUCUUGAUACUACAAGUCAGUGUGGUAUACUUUACUCCCUUUACCAAAUAUUGGUAUCUAUGAGCAGUUUAUUGUUCUAGUCAGCAAGAACAAGGACUUGCUAGAUUUUCAUGGUUUCUAAUCUACAUCUUCCACUUUACAUGUUUUUUUUUUUUUUUGUUUGUUUUUUAAAUUGUAUCCUUGUAAACAGCCAGCAGGUGCUAAUUACUUCUAUAUGUUAAAAGUACAUGGAUUGUGAGUGUUGUGCUACAUUGUGACAUCGUUAUGCACAAUAAAUAACUUUAGUCUGGA